AAACUUAUUAAAUAGAUGUUUAUGUUUAGUGCGUUAGUUUUCACUUGCGUUUCUUUAAAUCUGUUCUCAGCUGAGACAACGAGAGAUCCCUGCGACUUCUUAGUGUAUGGGUCUGGUGAAGUAGCCAAUGGGAUUGUGUACAAGGGCGCCCUAUAUUGGGCAGGCUGCUCUGAUGGAAAUACCAUGGAUUCAAUUGACAUACAACUGAAGGACGAAGAUGGAACUGUAAAGGCGGAGAAGUCAGUGGACUUGUCUUCAGUCUGGUCUCCCCCUCCACCGGGAACAGUUGGACUGACAGCAGGAGUCUAUGUUCCCUUCACUCUGGACGUGCCCCUGGAUGCGUGCAAGGAGGAUGGGAGAACUGGACACGGAAUGAGUCUGUGGGUGAGCAGCCAGACUGUGCCACAACUGGCCAAGAGUGUCUCCGUGGACUGCAUGGACAAUUCCAAAGUGUUUCUGGUGCAGAUGAAUAAGCCUCUCUACAAGCCAGGCGAUAACAUUGAGGCUCAGGUGUUGUGUAUAGAGCGGGACAACACCCACAGCUGUGAGUCUGUCAACAUCUCCAUCUCCAUCCUCACUCCGUCCUCUCUCACCAUGAAUGUGCAACACUUCACCAUCGGUAGCAACCGGGACCACGGACAGGUGCCAGUGGCCGAGUACAGCUUCCAGCUGGCGGAGAAGCCAGUGAUGGGAGAGUACUGUCUCCGGGUCGAGUCCCAGGUGGCUGCUCCUCUCCAGAAGUGUUUCCAGAUUGAGGAGUAUGUGCUGCCCUCCUUCCAGGCCUCCAUCCAGUUCGACCAGGUGGCAGUGGUGUUGGAGAAGUUGGCGGAUGUGAGUGGAGUGUUGAGUGCAGAGUACACUUAUGGACAGCCAGUGCAGCAGCCACACUUUCUCAUGCAAUGCUGGCUUGGAGGGGCGGGACAGGUGCAAGUGGGCAGAGACACAGAGUACCCUGAUAAGAAUGGCAACUACAACUUCAUAAUCCCUGUCGCGGACAUUGAGCGGGCGAAGAGUGAGCUCGCUGGCUCUCCCUACUGGAACACUAGACCAGACAGUCUUCUGUGCUCAGUUGUGGCCAACGAAGUGAAGGACUCUGAGUUGCCGACCCAACAGGCACAAGCCACUCUGCCUAUCGAACCCAAAGAGAUCAUCGUCGAGUGCUGCGACUCGUUCUCCUGCCCGGAAGUGGUCAGACCAGGGAAUUUCUCUUUCUGUGUGAAAGUUCGAUAUGCUACGGGGGUGCAUCAUGGGGAGGCACUGGACUCUGGACUGCUUCUGAGCACAUCGUUCUCUCCAUGUGCCACGCCUGAUGCUCAGACCAGUCAGCUGAGAGGCAGCCAAGUGGUUGUGGGCGAGAGAGUGGAGCUGAAACUGACUGCUUACAACAAAAAUGACUCUUGUUCUCGGUGGGAUAGUUCCAACAACUUCAAUGCUGCUGUUCUGAGGGCAUCGAAAGGAGGCCAUGUAUCCGACAGUUUCUCAGUGGACGUGGGCUUGUUCACUUCUACCAUGGAGGUGUUUCUCACAGUGUCCAUCUGUGAUGAGCAAGAGGGAUCCUCCUACUCCAAGGGCGACGAAGUCUGUCUCCUCGCCCACAUACACCCAGCUGUGGCCGCCGCACAAGUCAACAGCAUGCUGCUCAUCCUCAAGUCCAGAGGGGUGGUGCGAGAGACAAGAGUGGAGACUGUCUCUUCAUUCCCUCACAAGGUGCAUGUGACUGUGUCAGCUGACAUGAGUCCCAACUUCGUUGCUCUACUCUCGGCCCACUCCAGCAACCAGACCAUGACGGAGGUCAUGCCAGCCUCCAUCACUGUGCCGGUGCAGAGGGGAGAAAACAUGUUCGAAAACAGAGUAUCACUGUCAGCUGUAGCGCCAGACGGGAGAGACCACUUCUUGCCGGGGGAGAAUGCAUCUGUGGUGGUGCAGAUGGGCUCAGAUGACUCCGUGGCGGUUCUGAUUGGUUUGGACAAGAAGGUCAUCGCUCUAGGUGGAAGACACAACAUCAUUAGCCUCGACACUGUCGUGGAGGCACUGGCCGAGGAGGAUCUGUCGCGUGCGGAUGAUGAUAAUGAUUUUGGCGGUGGGUUCAUCGUUUUCUGCUGGUUCCCUUUGCCCUCGAGGUCUGCGAACGCACAAAGCACUAUUGCUGAUGCUGGCUUCGUAUACAUCUCGGCAGGAAAGGUCACUGUACCCGGAGAGGAGUUUGAAUAUGCCUACGCCUACCCAAUGUUUCAUGCCGAGAUGAAAUUUGAUGACAGACGUAUUGCUUUUCGUCGGGGGCCUAUUGCUCUCAAUUAUGCGGCAACUAUUCCAGUGGCGAUGGAGCUUUCCGAUAAAAUCAAGUCUAAGACGUCCCCCAUUGCGUCUCCCAGGAAACACUUCCGGGAAAAUAUCAUGUUUGCCACCAUGUCUAUUAAUGGAUCGAGUGAGUUCUCUGUGGAUGUGGCUGUUGGUGAUACCAUCACAACCCACGAGUUGUACGCCAGUGUCCUCUCCCCCACCGCCGGAUUUGCCACCCUCCUUAACCCACUCGAGUUGCGAGUGUUCAAAGAGGUGUUCUGUCGAGUGAAUGUGGCCUACAGUGUGAAGAGAAAGGAGUCGUUUAGUGUGUCUAUCUCAGUCUGCAACUACAACCCCCAACAGCUCCCCCUCUCCCCCCACAUAGAAGUGUCAUACUCGAAGGAUGCCUUCUCUGAGCCGAAGACAGACGACAGCUGCAGUGUGAUGAGUAGCAGCGGCGCUCUUGAGGCGGUGGAGUACCAGCAGUGCAGACUGUUCGUGUGCUCCCUGGUGGCCAAAAAGGUCGGCAAUCCGGCGCUAACAGUCACAAUCAGUCCGGACGACCAGCCAGACUCAAUCCCUUACGACAUAUUCGUGAAACAAGUCAAAGUCAAGGCGGAGGGUUGUGAGCAGAGGGUGGAUUUGGGCAAGAAGGAACUCGUCUCUGAAGAUUCGGAACAGUGCUACAAUUUGACCAUUCCUAGAGAUGCAAUCACUAACAGUGGUCUGGCACAUGUGCGCCUCUACUCCCAGAUGGUGGGUCCGGCACUUUCCAACCCAGACAAACUGGUGCGACAGCCCACUGGAUGUGGGGAGCAGAACAUGAUCUACAUGGCACCUCUGGUCUACCUGCGCCAGAUCUUGCAGGCCAUCGGAGUGUCUUUGGACAGGGAGAAGGAAGACCAGCUCACACGCUUCAUGUCCAUGGGAUAUCAGAGAGAGUUGACCUAUAAGCACGAUAAUGGAGGCUACAGUGCAUUCGGGCAGCAGUCGGGCAACCCCAGCUCCACAUGGCUGACAGCGUUUGUGGUGAAAACGUUCUCAGAGGCGGCGCGGAGUGGCGAUGUGCAGGUGAGUAUGGAGACACUACUGGACUCUUUGUCCUACAUACUCAGUCCAGAAGUCAUCGUCACCUCUGAUUCUAAAGAGGGCGAGGGGAGCACAACGAGAGUUGUGGAGACAGGAGAGGUGCUGCACAAGGAAAUGCAGGGUGGUUCCAGCGGAGAAGCAACUCUGGCUGCGUACGUGUUGCUCAGUGUCUGCCAGGUGCCCAGAUCUUUGGUGGAUGACGACAACAUCACCACUGACCAGCUGGCAAGACUGCAAAAAGUAGCCGAACAACUGGAGUCGCAGCUGGAGACUGAGCUGGGAAAGAGCAACCGGGACAACUAUCUGCUGGGUCUGGGGGGUUCGGCCCUAUGUUGUUACAAGGACAAAUUCCAGGGAACAGGAGAGGGAACUGAGUGCUCAGACACUGCUGGAUCUUUGCUGGCCAGAGUGCAAGACAGUCUCCUGAGUUGCGUGGACCAAUCAGAAAAGAUGUGUGGGCGCUACCACUGGCAGCGGACUGGAGGUUGUGAAGAGAGGGCGGUGGAAGUUGGUGAAGAUGAAGUGUGUGGUGAGUGCAAGCCACAACAGAAGGACAGUUCGCACAGGUGGUACUCCGACCAGGACUCAACGAGUAGCAGCAUGCAGGUGGAGACCACUGCCUAUGCACUCACAUUCCUCACUCAGUUCACCCCCAUCUCCACCGAGGAGGAGGCGAAUAGUGUGACUGUGGGGGAUGGGGCUGUCAAGUGGCUGGGGUGUGAACAGAGUCCAAACGGUGGAUACUCGUCCACGCAGGACACCGUGACAGCCUUCUAUGCCCUGUCUGUGCAUGCACACUCCACUGAGCAGACUGAUUUGAAAGUAAAUGUCACUGAGGAUGGAAUCCUACUCCAAUCGCUCUCUCUGCAGGACAGCGUGGAAGUGUUCCUCUUCGAGUUCUUGGACAUUCCCAAAGAGGAAGUGGAAUCGGACGAUGGUGGUGUGCGAGUGUGUGUUGAGACUGGCAGUGGGGGCACUGGGAGGGCCUUCAUGGCAGGCGAGAUCUACUACAACACAGAACAGUGUGAGGAUGGGGAGGGGAGUGGGGGAGAUGACAUGCAGAUUGUGAUCAGCAAAAUUAAGGAGAUUGUCGUGGACGAUGGCCGCAUCCUAACUGUCGUAUUUGUGAUCACUUACGCUGGGGAGGAAGAGGAGGAGGCAGGGGGUAGUGGGAUGGUGGUGGUUGAGAUCCAGUCGCCCAGUGGCUUCUGCUGCGAGUCUGUCUCUCAGAAUGGACCUGGAUCCAAGAUCGACAUGUACGAGUGUGGAACUGGCCCGGAUGGAAAGACCCUCAGUGUCUAUUUCAACAACAUGCUGUCGGGCAACACUGAACUGGAAGUUGUGUUCUUCAAAUGCGAGAUGAUCCUCAAUCCACAGGCCAGUGAGGCCAGAGUGGGGCUGUACUACGACACAGCUGUGCAGAGUAGGAUCAUGUACCAAGUGGCUGAAUUGAGUUUGGGCGAUGAACCAUGUGCGAACUGUCUUACCAACAGGGCCCCCCAACUGCACCCAUUGACAACCCCCGCUCCAAUCUACUUCACCCUCCUUCUAACUUGUCUCCUUCUCCUGCACUCCUCACUCUAACUCUUCUGCCCAUUCUGAUGUGGGGCAGCAGUAGGCAACCACUACCACAACAACACGCAUCAAUGUAAAACUGCAAACUGAGAGAUAACGAAGAAUGAAAAUAAAAGAACUGGGCUCAAAAUUGAACAUAAAAACUAUGAAAUAUUGGAACUGCUCUGGCUUGUUAACUGUGACCUUAUUCGCUUAUUUGGCUUUGCUCUGCUUAUUAAACUGCUGAAAAAGUAGAACGGCUGGAGCUCUAGAACUAUAUACAUCACACGAUAUUAAAUCUAUUUGAACUGAUUGAUGUCUGUCAGUUCUCCUCGAAAGGAAGUGCUUCUCAAUAUAACAUGAACCCCAUUGAACUGUGCUUUACUGUGUCUUUGUAGCCUAUCCUCAUAUUUAUCCUUCAUCUUGUCUGAUCAGAUGGUGCUGACUGGCUCUAGUCAUCCAAUAUUUAUCAUUCUUAUUUUCCGCUAUUGUUUGGUGCGAGAGAACUGCUGCGAUGAUCAGCUUUUGUUCUAUGUUAGCUCUACGAAUAAAUUGAUCUGGGCUUUUUUCCACUUUUCCUCCACAUUUCUGAUAGUUGUUUUGCGUGCUAUAAUCGCUUAAUGCGUGAUUUUACAAUGUAAGGUAUGAAGAACAAUGUGUUCAUCAUGCUAAAUUUCAUUGCAUUGUAACAACGUUAUUAUAGUAGUCAAAAACCAAUUUUAAAAAAUAGGUGGAGUUGGAAGAAAAGCAGGAGCCCUGAUCUGUCUGUGUAGUAUAGACGGAAGAAAUACACAAGAUGACAUUUAGUUUUGAUACCGGAUCCCUAUUUUGUAUACUCUUCUUACCCUUUUGUAUGAUGCUCAUAUAAUAAUCAAUCAUGUGGAGUUGAACAGUAGUCGAGGAGAAUUCUACUGUCUUUUAUGUCUAUCUCAUUUCAGUUUUCGCUCAACACAUCCUGCUCUGCACAUAUUAGUUUAGCUAGAACUCAUCCCCCCCCCCGCUGGG